UUCCGCAUGAGGACCGAGUGGGGCAGGGGGGCAGAUUUACAGCUGACCAGGGGAUUAUUUUUAUUUAAAUAAUAAAAUCCGCUGGAUUGAGACUGAUAGAGUCCGAGAGGAGAAUUCCACUGAUCACCGAGCUGCAGAGACGCAGGAAUCUCCACUCUACGUUCACACCGAUGAACAGAAGCGCAAAUAAACGGCAUCCUGCAUUUAACUAGAAAUAUGUCUGUGUGACACAGGGUCCUCAGCAGAUGGAGGAGUAGAUGAUCAGGUUAAUAAGAUCUCAGAUCUCCCAGCGUGACCGGAUGGAGGACGGAGAGAUGACGAGGUGACGCCGAUUAUUUUUCCAAAUCAGUGUAGUUUAAUGAGUGGAGACUUGGGACGGUCCGCACUGCCACACUGUUCACACAGCGACGCUACGUUACUGCCUCCGUCUUUAUAACCGCUAGCUGUGAGAGCGAGAGCAUGGCAGACCCCCAGGCAGAACCCCACGGAGACAUGCAUGAAGGGAAACUGAUGGACGAAAAAAGCAAAUCAAACAACCAAAGAGAUGACGAAAAGAUGUCUACCGAGACGCUGCCAUCUCAGACGAGCACGGACAGCGAUGACGCCGGUGCCACGAGCAGCAGGAGCCUCUCAGAGAGGGAGGAUUCAGACAUCACCUCGUCUGUGAGCAGUGUCGUGGACGAAACGACGUCUCUGGUCACGAUGAACAGCGUGUCUGCGUCUGCAUCUACAGACGAGCCUCAGACCUCUGUGGAGUCUGCGCUGGAAGGUAAAGAUGGGGUGGAGCCAUCCUGGAGUGACGACAUGAGUGUAGAAGCGGGGCAGAGUGAAAUGUCAAUGCCAUCGUCUGCUCCACCCUCGUCUGCUCCGCCCUCAUCUGCUCUGCCCUCGUCUGCUCCGCCUUCGUCUGCUCCUCCCUCGUCUGCUCCGCCCUCAGUACAGGAGCAUUAUUUUGUAAAGUGGAUCACGUGGAAAGGGGAGAAAACUCCUAUCGUCACGCAGAGUGAAAAUGGACCCUGCCCCCUGCUGGCCAUUAUGAACAUCCUCUUCCUCCGAUGGAAGGCGAAGUUACCGCCCCAGACUGAGGUCAUCACCAUCGACGAGCUCAUGUCUCACCUCGGUGAGUGUGUGUUAUCUAUUAAGCCGAGAGAGAAGGCCGAGGGCAUGGAGCUCAAUUUUCAGCAGAACAUGAGCGACGCCAUGGUCGUGCUGCCGAAGUUGUCAACGGGUCUGGAUGUGAACGUGCGCUUUACGGGGGUGGCGGAUUUCGAGUACACACCCGAGUGCAUCGUGUUUGAUUUACUGGACAUUCCUCUGUAUCACGGCUGGCUUGUGGAUCCACAGAGCCCAGAGACGGCGUCUGCGGUGGGGAAACUGAGCUACAACCAGCUGGUGGAGAAGAUCAUCAUCUACAAACACUCCACAGACUGCAGCCGAGUGAGCGAAGGUCUGAUAGCGGAGCAGUUUUUGGAGUCGACGGCCACGCAGCUGUCCUAUCACGGUCUGUGUGAACUCAACACCACCGCCAAGGAGGGAGAGCUGUGUGUCUUCUUCAGGAACAACCACUUCAGCACCAUGAUCAAGCACAAGGGUCACCUGUACCUGCUGGUGACAGAUCAGGGUUUCCUGCAGGAGGACAGCGUGGUGUGGGAGAGUCUCCAUAACGUGGAAGGAGACGGGAAUUUCUGUGACUCUGAAUUCCGUCUGUGCCAUGCGUCCCAGAAGAGCGCGAGCAGACCCACAGAGCAGCAGCAGCAGAUGCAGAUCGAACAGGACUACCUGGUGGCCAUGUCUCUCCAGCAGAGUCAGGGUGAAGCUCCUGGACCUUUAAGUGAUCUGGAGUUGGCGAGACAGUUGCAGCAGGAGGAAUAUCAACAGCCUCAACAGUCUCCUCAAUCUCCUCACACAUCAGCUGAGCAGACGAGAGCAGGACCUGCGUCAGAGGAACGGAGAGGACGGAGACGUCAGGGUGAGAAGAAGGACGACUCGGACUGUUCCAUCCUAUAAGUCAGGAAAACUUGUGUGCGCACACACACACACACACACACACACACACACACACACACACACACAAACGUUUAUAUGCAACUACACCAGAAGACCGCGAUGCCACGAACGAGUCUGAAAAUGUUUUAUCUCCAGGGAUAUAUUUCCAUCAAACAUUUAAUGUACACAAGUAUAGAGAGCGUGUGUGUGUGUGUGUGUGUGUGUGUGUGUGUGUGUGUGUGUGUGUGUGUGUGUGUGUGUGGGAGGGGGCGGCAUAUGCUUCUUUAGUAUUGCACUUGAGCUACUAUGUGAUUAUUGCUAACGGGUGAAGUGUGUGUGUGGGUGUGUGUGUGUGUGUGUGUGUCUCCUCUCAGUAAAGGUCCAGCAGCCAAAAUUUUAUUUCUCAUCAAAAAUCCACCACAACGAAAAGGGAAUUAUUUUUACAGUCAAUUUAAAUGUUGCCAUGAAUCUCCAGUGUCAUGUGUGUUUUAUACACACACACACACACACACACACACACACACACACACUGGGUUUACAUUACCAUGUGUUCAGUGUGACGGUCAGUAUGAUGCAGUAGGAAUAAAGCUAACGAUGCUAAUGAUGCUAAUGAAGGGCUUUCUGUCUUAAUUCGUUUAUUCACUUUGUAUUUAACUUAAGAUGAAAUUAUUACAGUAAUGGAAACAGAAACACUGUCGGAUCUGCAGCUUCUGUCACUGUGGAUAAAAUUCUUAUUAUUAAUUAUUAAAGCUUUUAAAACAAAAA